AUGGCUAUGAUAAUUGAUGUUUGGAGAAAAAAUUUAUUUCCAAAAAGACUACCUUACAAACGUAAAGAGCACACAAAGCAUGAAAUUCGAAAAUAUUUCAUAGAAAGAAUUUCACAACAAUGUUCAGAAACUAUAGAUGAAACUAUAGAUGAACAUGAAAAAAUGAAGUUAGUUUGCAUUCUUUGUAAUCGUGAAUAUAAAAAAGAUGUUUCUCUUUCGAGUUUAAAAAAUCAUUUUAAAACUAAACAUCGAGAAGAGUUUUCUAAAGUUCCUGAUUUUUAUUCGCCAUUUAAGGGGCUUAUUAAUCGAGGUUUAAAUUCAAAUCUUGAGGAAGAUGGUAAAUCUAACCUCGUUCAAAAGUUAUUUUCCAAUGAGUUAUACUCGAAACCUAAGAAACAAAAAUCAGGGUCAAGUUGGUGGGAUGGUUAUGAUAAACAUGAAAUUGUUCUUUUUGAUGAGUGGUAUUCAGUGCUUGAUUGGAAUGAUGUUGUUAAAUAUUUGAACGAUACUCCAGAGAAUGUUGAGCAAAAAGGCAAGACAUUU